AGCACAAACAGGUAACUUCAGUUCCGCCUCGGAAACAAAAUAUUUUCGUGUGGUCAUCCCGCCAAAGACACGGACACAGACACGGAAGGAGAGAGAGGUGUUCGGCUGCCACCAGACCUCCUGUUUAAGCAAAUGUCUUGCAACCUGUGAAAAUCCCUACAAAGAUGAAUCUUCACAAGAAGGAUGGAAAGGGAGAGACUCUUCUGCACAAAGCAUGCAAAAGAAAAGAUCUGGUACGAAUCAAGGCUUUGAUUCAAGCUGGGAUCAGCGUCAACAUUGUGGAUAAUGCAGGCUGGACUGCUCUCCAUGAGGCUUCUGCUGUGGGUAAUGAGGCAGUGGUUGAAGAGCUGUUGCUGGCCGGUGCUAAUGUUAAUGCUAGAAGCUUUGAUGGUGUCACACCCCUACAUGAUGCUGCAGCCUCUGGACACUAUCAGGUAGUGAAGCUUCUUCUCCAGUAUGGGUCGAACGCCACUGACAGGAAUGUCAGUGGCCUCAGUGCACUAGACAUGGCGGAGGAGGAGAAUAUCAAAGAGCUGCUCCUAACUUUCCAAGCAUCGUCUGUUAUGCAUGAGCGGCCUUGUGAGGCACCUGCACAGUACAGUCAAGCAGGUGAAACACCCUCAGGCGCUCACUGCCAGAGCAGCUUCGGUCCCAGCCACAAUGACACGGCAGAAGAAUCAAGUGACAGAGAUGGAGGCAGACAGCCUGGUGACAUUCAGCUGAGGAAGACAGACCUCACCACUGAUUGUCUGAAUCAGUCAGAGGUCAUAACAGCAGUUUUGGAGGAUGUGGGAAGGAACCAAAUGGAAAUGUCAACUUGGCCUUUUGCAGAUCCAGAGGAUGCAGGCCAAUAUCAUGCUGCUCUAUCACAAAUCCACUACGUGCUGAUUGAGGUGCUCACCAGGCAGCGUUUGGAGAACGAUAAUCUUCGCCACAAAUACCGGGGUGUUACUGACUACCUUCAGCAACGUUUGUUGAAAAGUCAGCUCGUCUCCCUGGCAGCACGUCAGAGGACCUUGGUGGAAAUCCUCCAGAAGCAAAUGCAUUUGGUAGAGAUGUAUACUGCCAAGAAGGCCCAACUUUCCACACAGCCUUCCAACCAUCCAAGCAGUACAGCAGUGACACAUCAGCAAGAUCCCUUCUUCUCUCCAGCUUCCACAACAGCCUCUGCUAAUGCUUCUCAAAUGCAUAGCUUUUAUCAAGACAGUCAAAGAAAGGAAAGCAAUAGAAAAAACUCUGAUGUGCUGAAUAAGGAAGCCGGCAGCUUUCUGAGCUGCGCCCUACGACCAGGGAAUUCUUCACAAUGCACCAGCUUUCAGAUGAAAGGAAGAAAUGCACGAGCUGAAGACAGCAGCAGACAUCUCUCUCAGGACAAAAGGGCUGGAGUUAUGCCAUCUGGUAGAACUUUGCAGAUACCGUUGAAGGGUCAGAGGCACCUCACUCAUGUGCUGGGUGAUGGCUCAAUAAAGGACAGUAAAGGGAAGUCCCACCUGACUCAAGAACAUUGGCCAAAGCGUAUUGCUGGUAACAAUAUCCCUGUCAGCUCAGCAUAUGCCUGGGACAAGGUGACACAUCAUGAGGACUAUGUUGAACACUGCAAGGCUGGCUCUUUUCAGGAGGCACUGCCCACAGAGCCAACCACCUUGGACCGCAUCAUGAACGUCAAAAUAAUCCAUUUGGUUGAAGAUGAGGAACUAAUGCCAAUAGCUAUGCUGGACUACUACUGGGAGAAGCUCGAGUGUGAAGACUGGGAGAAUACAUUUUCAUAAUUAUCUCUCCUGGUCAGAAGAUAUGCGAAACAAGGUUUUUCAUAAAAGCAUGAAACUUGGUACACUUGCACAGUUUGGGACCCUGAACAUUUUCAGAAAUUAUACUAUAUACUACAUCAGUCAUUGUUCAGAUUAACAGUUAAUGGUGAAUUCAGAUACGUUGUGAUACGACAGAAAACCUUUUACUUCUUCACAGAAGUAUGAAACUAGGUACAGUUGUGAUAGUACAGUGUUAGUACAGUUUGAGGCCCUGAACAUUUUCACAUAUGGAGCCAUUGCGAUAUUGUCAUGUGUCAGCCCUGUUGGCCAUUUUAUUUCACACCAUAACUGAAUUGUUAAUUUUGCAUCAUAUCUCCUCAACCAAAUACGACAACACAUACAAAGACAACUUCUGUUCAGGGCCCCAACCUGUCCAAGUUUACCAAGAUUCAUGCUUUUAUGAAAGAUGUAAAAUGGUUCACCUCAGAUUUGGCAUCUAUCCCCAUAGUUUGUUCAUAACCUCUUGUCAUGAUAAUUUAACUUGGUGAGCUUUAAUUAUUUAACUAAUUUGUAUGAUCAUUUUACUAAACUCAUUGUGAUUGCAGUAAAUAAAGGUCACAAUGUGAGUUCCACUGGGUAAAAGGGAUAAAAAGAGACUCUGUUGUAUGGGGUUCACUCAGUUCAAUAUCCCACAGUAUGUUCAGUUACUUGUAUAGUAUUUUUAUUAAAAUACACUUUGACUUGUUAGUGGCAUUUAAGCAAAAUAAUAAAUACACAGUUAAAGCAUGUUUAAAUGUGUGGUUAAAAGUUAUGUAACACAUAUUUUAUUAAAAUUCUUUGAAAAGA